CAUUUGCGGUCCCCCUUGUACCUGGAGGAGCAUGCUAGGUGGCGGGGGAGGGGGAUUCGUCGGAGGCAGAGCAUGAAUAGAAGCCAAAUCUGAGCGGGAGGCAGGAUUGUCUAGUGCAAGAAGUGGCGCCGGGGCGGGCGGGCCGCCGGGGAAUUCCAGAGCCGGGCCGCAGCGGGCACCGCCGUCCAUGUCAUCUCGCGCCGCCGGCCAUUGUACAGAUCUAUCACAGAUUAGGAACGGGGUUGGGGCAGCAAUAGCCGUCAGGUGUUUCGUAUAUAAACAGUCAUCAUGCAGAACUACAGCAAGCUCAACAAGCUGCCCACAAUCGUUGAAGAGGACGAAUCAGACAGGGGCAACCGGUAUAACGGUCCUACUUUCAGAUGUUCAGUUCAGAAGGUUUACUUUGUUAUAUCGCAGUUUGACCAGCAGAAACGAGACAUCGUUACCUCUAUGGGUUGGGGUGGCACUCUAUCCAUACCUCUGAUCAGCAAGUUAAGCGUCACGCAUAUGGUUUGGCUUUUGGGGAUGGUGGAUGAGGUCAGACAAGCCAUUAUUUUGGGACCGAAUAAGGUAUUUAAGUUCAAUGAGAGCGAUGUUGAGAAGGUAUUCGGAAUCCCGGCAGCUGGAAUAGAUGUGAUGGGCAAAACUCUAGAUAGGAGCGAGACUGUAUUUGCCCAUAAGGGGAUGCUUGGGCAUGCUAUAAGGGGAAGAUGUCACAAACAGAGGUGGCUGCAUUCGAAACUGCAUACAUCGUAUCUAGAUAGCAUUAAUUUGGGGGAAAUAAGCAUGGCACAUGAUGUGUUCCCCAGAAUAAAAGUUUUCACGGCGGAUAAAACUAGAGCCAUGAUCAAUGCCGACAAAAGGCCGAUGGAUUCAACGAAGAAUAGAGAUUUCAUUUUUGGCAGUUCAGCACCACGAGAUGCUGCUAGUUCAGCAUAUUCCAGGGCAGAUAACGACUAUAUUGCACAACAACAAGGGGAUGCUUGGGCAUGUGCAUCAAAGAUUUGUGAUUCUAUGGGCUUGACUCAGGGUGGACACGGUCCGGGCCGGUCCGGUCCCGGUCCGAGCCGUCAUUUGGACCGGCCGCUGGCGGUCCGGGCCGGACCGGACCGAGCAGGCCAGCGGUCCUCUUUUCAGGGACCGGACCGGCGAGGCAAAAGCCCGGGCUGGACCGGCGGACCGGCCAACCACUCACCGGCGACGAGAUGGUGACCAUGGCGUCGGGGAGUGAAGCCUCUAGGCCCUAAUAAGAAGGGGGAACAGAGCGGGAAGGUGCAGUGACUCACGUAGAACACGAUGGUGUGGUCGGGGAGGCCGGGGAAGCAACGACGGCGACAUAAUCGACGAUGAAUGACGGCGACAGGAGUUCGGUAAGGAGGAAGAUGGCGAUGGCUUCGGAAUGAAUCAGGCCGAUUCAUUCCAUGGGGACGUAGAUCUCAUGGUCGCGGAGCUCCUGGACAUGGUGGUUGGUCGUUGGGAGGCCGGUCGCCGCGUCCGCGAGAGGUUGUGCACUGAACGGCGGCGGCAGCGGCACAGGUGCAUGCGUGUGUGCGUUUUUUUGAGCGAAACGUGUCCUGCAGGAUCGAGGCACUGUGAGGGAUGGAGAGGAGAGCUCAGGUGAGUGGCUGGUGGAGUGGUGAUGCGGCGGGCGGCGCUCGCCGCUGGGAUGGGAGAGGAAGACGGUGGCGUCGCCGCUGUGAUUCUCGGUCCGCUCGGUCGGCUCGGUUAAAGCCCGGACCGGACCGAAGCUUUGUCGGGCCUGAUUCAUGAGCUCGGACCGAUUGAUUUUUUGAGCGGGCCACGAGCCGGUCCGAAAGGACCGCUCGUGUCGUCCACCCUGAGGCUUGACACAUCAGGCCAAACUUAACCUUUAUAAUAAGCUGAAAGCACAUCAGGAGGGCAUCAUGAAACAUGUUGAAGUUAUGAAUGCAAAUUUUUAUGGGAAGAUAUACAGAAUGUUGAACGACAACAAUUUUACACGUAAUCAGAGUGUAAUGCAUGCAUCUGGGUCGACAAUGUUAAAUAGAGACAACAAUGGCACGAAAUCAUCAACAGUGGAGGAUAAUAUGGCUUCCGAAGAUGUGAGCAGUCCAGUAAAGAGAAACACUGACGCUUGCAUUCAGCAUAUGCAAAAUAAACGCCCAUGUGUGUAUCUCGAUGGACCAAGCGACGCAGUAGCAUCGCAACAUUGUGGGGGACAGAGGUCUAAUUCUGAGCUGGAUGUCGAUCUGAACGUGGCCGAUCCACUGGCUAGUACGCCUGAGGGGAACAGCAUUCUGUGGUGGAUUAUCCCAUCAGUUUUCGUUUCUCGUAGACUGAGUGUCUCUACCUGGGGUGGGCUAUCAUGGAUGUUAGGAAACGUGUAACCACAGUGUGCUGGGACAACGAGCCGAGUUUCGAUUUAGGUUUGAAUUUUACCCCGUCACCAAAGGUGGACAAGAAUACGAAUGUCCGCGGUAGAUAUCAAGACGGUGGUUAUGCUUUAUGUGGAAAUAUAUCAGAUGGGGAUGCUGCUGACAUUACCAACGGAUCACAAGGGGUUACAUCAUCAUGUGAGUCGUGGCGAAAUGAUGGCAUCGCGGGUGGGAGUAGUGAUGGUCAAGGACCAGACCAUUCAGCACACACCCCCAGCGCAUGACCAUCAGACAAUUUGGGCACACCAGCAAGUUCAGUGGCUGACUCUGUUCCUCCCUACUGGUACCUUAGCGAGCAGACAAGGUUCAAAUCAAACUUCACUCGCGGCAGCCUGAUGAUGGAAGCAGGUGGACUCGUUGGCGUGCCUCUCCACCUGCCAAAAGAUAUCCAUGGCUAGGAACAGGCGUGGCGAAUGCUGAGAAGGUCAGAGAGAUUACAUCGGGACUGCUUUAUCAUGUGGCAUAGUUCCUCCAAGCCAAGGCCAUGAUUUUGACAAUUGGAAUAGGAACCUUUUUUUAGUGUAAGACCAUUUUCAUAAUGGAGAAAUAAGACCAUUUUCAUAAUGGAGAAAUAAUUAAAUAAAGCAAAGAAUGAUGUCAGAUGAAUGGCAUUUGCUGUGUAUUUGACCUUUUUUGUGUGAAAUAAAAAAUUUGGGCAUAGCCUCGUCACUUGUUGUUUGCAUUGGUACGAUAACUGGUUCUCAUUGAUUCAUAGGAUUUUAACAGAUAUAGA